AUGGACAAUAUUAAAAAUGCUGCUAAGGCUGUUGAAGAUAAAAAGCAUGAAAUGAUGAGCAGAUCAUCAGCAGAAUAUAACAAAGAAAAGGCAAAAGAUUCUAACAAUACUAUCGGUGAACGUGUUGGUGCUGGUAUUGAUUAUUGUAAGGAUAAAAUUGAAGAAGGUGGCCAUGCUGUUUCGAAAGAAAUUAACAAACAAAAAGCUAUACAUUAG